AUGUCCAACGGAGGCAUGGACGGAUUCGAUUGGCUCCAGAGUUUUCUUCCAGCCGAUGGCCAACCCGACCACGACCCCAAUUUCAACAAUGAGGCUUAUGAGACACAUCCGGCAUUUCACGAUGCCGAGGAGGUGGCCAAAGCGGCCGUUAUGCACCAGCGGGUACAGAAGCCAUAUUCAUUUAUGAGGCCAACCAAUGCUGGGACUAAUCAUGUCUUGGAUCCGUCUCAGGUGUACUCAGAGGCUUCGGGUAGACAGUAUAGAGGAAACCAACACCAGCAAAGCAGCAAUAUGCAAUUCAACAAUCUUCAUUCUGGCCCCUCUGUAUGCACAGCAGAUUGUUCUCACAAUACAGCUCAGCGGCCAAAUCCCUAUAUUCCAUCCCAACAACAUUUAAGUGCUCAGGCAGUUCAGGAUGGAUAUCGUCACGGUCAAGCUCAUAUGGAUCCCAUUGACCCCCCACAGAGGCCUUCCAACUCUAAAUCAAUCUCCUCCGCAGCCGAUCAAAGCACUUACAGGGUCCAUGAAAAUAUAAGAUUGACAAUCCCUGCACAUAAAACGAAUCAAUCCAUGGCACAGGUACUGCCCACAUCACAAAGCCCGUAUCAAAGGUACUCGGCAACCCCAAAUCAGCAUUCCCAGAUGUUCACCCAACCACAUAUGGCACAAGGGAUGAUGGCACAAGUUCAAAGAACACAAAUGCCGGUUGCAUUGCAAAGUCCUUCUCAUAGCCACUUUACAAUUCCAUCCAAUACUGCUCAACGACCAACUCAUUCCUCUCCAGCGCAAGGAACCCGGCCGACACCCCCGGUUCAAAGGACACAUACGCCGGUGGCAAGGCCCCAAGCAUCGCAGAAACCAUAUCGAAGCUAUUCCAUGAUUUCACCCCAAAAUGUUCAAAAGUCAUUUCACUCGCAUGCACCGCCAAGCUCUCACUCCUCAGCAGACUCUACAUUUUAUACUCCCUUGGUCUCACCGAAGGGAUUCAAAACUUCUACAGCACGCAGCACACUUGGACCCCACCAGUUGACCAUCCUAGCCACAAGCACUCGGGAGGGUUCCAAUCCACAAACGCAGAAUCCGGCUACAAAUUCCACCAGAUCAAACCCAAUACCGCCUGGGCCUUCAUCUCAAAAUCAAGAUCAUAUCCAGUCAGCCGUGUCAACAGCACCUCAUAGGGUCCACAGCCCUUCAAUAUCCGAGCCUGUCUCAACCCACACUCCUUCUGUCUCUCUUCUCUCUCCUGCUCUUGCCUCUGCCCCUCCGGCACCCACUGCACAGAAAACUAUUGUCCCACAUCAUUUAGACAAGGGCUCGGCACAGGGGAAAGGAGGGACUCAGGGUUCAGCAGCACCUACUUCAUCUUACCAGGCACCAAAUCAGACAAGCCAGCAGCCUCCGAUCUCCCAACCAAAUGAGCAGAGAAACCCAGCGAUAUCCUCAGCCUUUGUAUCAUCCACUCCCCCUAUGGCCUCUCACUCGGGGCCCUCGAAUACCUUAGGACCUCGACGAGGCCCCUUCGCUGCCUCGGCCGCGGCACAAAUGCUUACUGGGGGAAAUACGCAGUCACGGGUUUCUCCACUGCCGGAACCAUUGACCCACCACAAAAAGCAGUUGAUUCCAUCCCAAGAGAGCUCGAGGGGUUUUAUGCCACCCGAAAAGAUGCGACGGCUGGACAAUAUUAAAAGCCAAGCAAUUAAUCUCCGGCACGAGCCAUCAGGAGGUAACUCGGUACCAGGAGCCCGCGUUUCUAUGGAAUCUGCUCGACCUCGAAGCUCUGAUAAAAUUCUUAAGAAUCGGGACGAUUUGGUCCAGCCGAUAAGGCAGAGCGCUGCACUGCGCAAACACUCUUAUGAUCCUACCACAAUCGCACGGGACGUACUGAUUGCUGCGGGAAGACACCCGACGGAAAAGCCUCUAAACCAUCAUCUUGAAGCACUACGCCGUAAUUUUACCAGAAUCGACUGCUUUGCAGAUCUGGCAACAUUUCGUUGGGACCUGAUUGAUAUUGAGCAGCCUAAACGUCAAGUUGAUCACACACCUCCAGUUCCUGCGUCCCAACUACCUCCUCAACCACCUCAGGCAGCUCGGCAAUUACUUCCAUGUGACCCUGUUAAACCAAACCACGUGACUGCACGUGACAUCGAUCCGAGGCUGUCGCGUGACACACCGCCAAAUCGCCAAGUCGCAAUACCAACAAGGAUCGACGCGCGUGCCCCUCCUAACGGCUUGAGCGCUUGGGGUACUUUGCCUUUCAAACCCCCGACCUAUCAUUCUCAACAAAUUUAUUCUUCCGACUUGCCUUCUGGACUUCCUAGGCUCGACCCUGUGCCUGCAUCGCCAAAUUUCUCGUCCCACAAAUCCGCCGUGCCAUUUCCAGCCCCCUCACCCUCGCAACCCCAAUCUCAACCCCAAUCUCAACCCCAAUCUCAACCCCAAUCUCAACCCCAAUCUCAACCCCGACAGCAACAAUACUCGAUUACGAAGAGUGCGGCUCCGCCCGAACCUUCACCUGCCACAAAACAAGCGGUCACUGAAUCUAUAACAAAGCUUAAACCUCCAGCGCAGACAGCCAAAAGCCAAUCAGACUCUGGUCGGACCGUCAAAUCCCCAGAGGCAAGGCGUCUUCCUCAGCCACGGGUUGUCAUCCCACCAUUACCCCCGAAGAUGCCAUCGAAGAAAAGACCAGGGCGCCCUCCCAAGAGUGGAGUGAACAAUAUUGAAGUUGCAAUUCCUCGCGAACAACCUGUGCAUUAUCAAAUCUUCCCAUGCAAGUGGGAGGGGUGUGCCGCAGAACUUCACAACAUUGACUCGGUCCGAGCCCACCUGAUCAAAGUUCACAUCCCGCACUCUCUUGUUUGCAAAUGGAAAGACUGUGGCAACAAGACACCAAUGGCUGCAGCAGAUAUGUUUACGCAUAUAUCGAGCGAGCACGUUUCUAAAAUGGCUUGGGAACUUGGGGAUGGACCAACUGUGCCAGUAACUGCGGAAAACAAACCGACUUACCCUUCCGUUCUGGGAGACCGAAGCGCUCGCAAAGGAACCAUGGUCUUGCCAGUGGAUGAACACCAGGUCAAGGCGUUCAGCAAGGCACAUGGAAAAUUGACAGAGAAGACAAAGGCCCAAGCCCUGCUCGAAGCGGGACGACACUGGAAGCAGCAGAUUGGACCUGAAAUGGACUGGAGCGACCGCCGUCUGUCAACACCAGCUCGGCAGACCAGGGUCCACUGUGGGGAAAUCGCAUUUGUUGGGGAGCAUUGA